CGCUAUAGCAAUUGCCAUUCACUGGUACGCGCAAAAUGGUCUGAAUUGAAAUGAAUUUCAAUUUUCCCGAUGAAAACUCGCCCGAAACUGCUGGAAAAUGUUGUUCCGCUCAGCAAAAAGCAAGUUCGACGGUGGAGACGUGAUGCGCCGCCUAAAGCGCCUGGCGGAAGGCACCCUAUCCUCCUACCGCCGCCUGUUCCUGCUGCUCCUCUGUGUUUGUGUGGUGUUCUAUAUGCUGCCGCCGAUCUUUCGCUACAUCUUCCUUAGUGCACCUGAACAGAAGGAUCCCCACAGCAUUUGCAUGGACGACCGGCUGACACCGUUUGUCCUCCAGAACUUUGAGUUCGAUGCCAACAUACGUCACGUGUCACCAUCGAAAAUGGCCGGUGAGCGCGAUUUCACGCCCUAUGUCGGCAACGGUUAUCUGGGACUAGAGAUUGCGCACGACGCCUACCUGAACAUAAAACAUGGCAGGGCCAUGCAGCUGCCCAUACGCUUCCAGCCCGUGGUUUCAGUAUCUGGAGGAGGAGGAGGAUUGGGGGGCGAAAAGGAGUCUACUGUCGUGGAGUACCUGACCGGCAUGGUGCAUCGGUUCCAAUGCUUUGCAGAUUACUUUGUAUCUUACACUUACUACGCCCAUCGCACACAGCCGGGCAUCUUCAUGCAGGAGCUGCAGAUCACAAAUACACGCAACAUGAUGGAGGACAUCGAGCUGAUCAUGCCACGCGUCAAUCUGCCCAAGCUGACAAGGCGAACUGUGACCCUCAGCGAACCCGUUACGGCUGGCAUGUUUACCUACAGCGAACUGGAGGUGCUCACGGGCAUUGUGCAGCCUCAGCCUGAAAAUCCCAGUAAAUGCAUUGUGAUAAGCAUAGUGAAGCCGCAGUUGGACUCAAAAUUGCAGCUAAGGAAGCGUGGCACAGUACGAAUCGUGUAUCCCAUAGCCGUACAAUACUCCAAGCUCGUGGCAGAGAGCCAAGUCAAGGGUAUAGGCGAAGCCACCGAACAACAGGCCACUCAGACAAUGAUCAAGCUUCUGCAGAAGCUCGGCUCCAAGACCACGAAUUCGGGCUCGCUGAACAGCAUCAAUAGCUAUCGGCAGGAGCACAUCGAUGUGUGGACGGAUCUCUGGGCCACUGGAUUUACGAUAAGCACAUCCAAGGCGGAGAAUAGCUUGAAUGGCGAUCGAAUAAAUGCCACCAUGUAUGCAGUUCUCUCCCAGGUGCGCAGCUUUGAAUUCGAGGAGCUGGGCGUCGGCACAUCAAAGAGAGACGAUAUUGCCAAGGCUUUGACCUAUGCAGAAGGCUGCUACGAUUCCUAUCACACGCUGCAGGCGGAGAACCUUUGGCGGGAUAUGUCCAGCCUGCAGCAGCUUAAUUCUCUAGUCUCGUCCUGGAUGCUAACGUUGGAGAAGCAGGGCUGCCACAAUCUUAUUCGAGCCGGAGCCUCGGGCGUAAUCCAAGCCAUGGUCUUGAGCUUUGGUAGCUUUCGGUUCAGCAAUCAGCAUCUUGAGUGCAACAUCCAUCCAAAGUUCCUGCACAGAGACUUUCACUUCAGGCGCCUCAAUUAUGGCAACAAAACCCAUGUGAAUGUAACCAUUAUUGUCACUGAUGACAAUAAGGCGGUAAUUAAUGUGGCGCUGGAUCGAUCAGAUCGAAGCUACUACGCCUGCGAUGGUGGCUGCCUGGAUGAGCCAGUGCUACUCACGCAAAAUCGACGACAAUUCCCAGUUAAAUUGACUGAACCCCUGACAGCAAUAUUAUACAUAACCGAGGACAAGCAGCACAUGGAGGAGCUGCACCAUGCCAUCCAUGUCAAAGAAGUGGUUGAAGCUCCUGCCCAUGAGCAACAUCUGAUAGCCCUGCAUCGGCAUGGCCACCAACUGGGUGGCCUGCCCACUCUCUUCUGGGUGUCUGUGUGUGCAAUAAUUAUAGUAUUUCACAUAUUCCUGUGCAAGCUCAUUAUCAAGGAGUACUGCGAACCAAGCGAUAAGCUAAGAUAUCGCUAUAACAAACCGUGAUCCUAGUUGUACAUACGUAUAUAAAUACAAAAAGAUUGGAUGCUAGUAUAAUAUGAAUAACUAACUACAAAAUUAAAGGCUUUUUAAACAUUA